UUCGCGCUUUUUGUUCACUUGUCAUGCUUUGUUUUGAUUUUUGAGUGAGAAAAUCCUGUGUUUACUUUAAAGAAAAUUCCAUUUAAUUACGCAAUGAAAUUAAGUGAAAAUUAUCCAAGUGCAUCCACGUGUUGUGUCUUGUGAAAAUGUGAUGAUGCUGAACUAGGAGAGGCUUGCUCACACUGAGCACCACGGAAAAUCUUGAAAUUCACCUGCAAACACUCGGAAAGAUCAGUCAGUCAGUCAAGAUUAUCCACGACAGUUGCUUUUCAUUAGCUGAUAGAGUUGGGACGGUGCCCUUCUUCGAAGGGAUAAUUUAAAAAGUGAAAAAAAUUCCAUCAUCCCAGAAAAUUUUGUAUUCUACAUUCGACACAAUUCAGGAGUUAAGAAUAUUCUUCAGGUCCAGACACAGGAGAAAACAUUCAAGAUGAGAAAAGUGAAUUUCCAUAGUGUAUUAUUUUUUAUCGCAUCCACAGCAGUAUUAUUGCUAUCAGGCCAAACAAAUGCCCAAACAAAUCAACUAUUUACACUGAGUGUUUCGACACAAGACUUGACUGUUUUAGUGGGAGAAACUACAGAAUUCAACUUGGAAUUCAGAGGAUUCCUCAAUGAGACGGGCAAAGUCUAUUUCUACGACCAACACGAUGGAUUAAUAGAUGUGAUACCCAGAGUGCUUGAAUUGCAACCAUCUGCCCAGCCAAAUAAUGAAAUAUUGUACCCAAUUCGCGUAGAGGGUCUCAAUCCCGGUCAUCUCGAAGUCACGUCCAAUUACACGAUUGGAGGCAGAAGUUUUCCCGGCGAAAAUUUAUUUGUGAGGAUAACAGUAGCAAUUUCUGAGAUAAUAAUCUACGUGUCAAUUGUUGUGGGAUGGGUUUACUUUGUGGCAUGGUCAAUAUCCUUCUAUCCCCAAAUCUACUACAAUUUCCAAAGAAAGAGCGUUGUUGGUCUCAAUCCAGACUUCUUGGCGCUCAAUAUUGUAGGCUUUGUGAUGUACAGUGUAUUCAAUAUGGGACUGUUUUGGAAUCCUGGAAUUCAGGCUGAAUAUUUUGAGCGCUUCCCACGUGGAUUGAAUCCUGUCCUAGUCAAUGACGUAGUAUUCUCCCUUCAUGCCGCUUUUGCCACCCUCGUCACCAUUGGUCAAUGUUUUAUUUAUGAGCGUGGUGAUCAACGAGUAUCAAAUGUUGCUCGUGGAAUUUUGGGCAUUUUUGCAGUUGUUGUUAUUGUUUGUGCCAUUCUGGCAGCCACAGAUACUUUCCAUUGGUUGGACUUCCUGUAUGCCUGCAGCUACAUUAAGCUCACCAUCACCCUCAUUAAGUAUGUUCCACAAGCCCUCAUGAACUACAGAAGGAAAUCAACUGUCGGAUGGAGCAUUGGUAACAUUCUUCUUGAUUUCACCGGAGGAAUUCUCUCAAUGCUUCAAAUGAUGCUCAAUGCUCACAACUACGAUGAUUGGGAUUCGAUAUUCGGUGAUCCCACAAAAUUCGGUCUUGGACUAUUUUCUGUAUGCUUCGAUGUUGUAUUUAUCAUCCAACACUACGUUCUGUACCGGGAUCGACACAGCGGGCUUAAAGAAAAUAGCUCAAAUCUCGAAAAACUCAUUGCAGACAAAGAAAAGCAGGAGAUGGUACCAUAAAUAUUUACUUUGGAAUAUUAGAAAAAAAAUGAAUGAAAAAAACACUAAAUAUUUGCUGAGAUGAAAGUUUUUCUCAGUUUUUAACACAAAACAUUAACACAGAAGACACAACACAUAAAAAAAAUUUAACACUACCACUGGAUAAGUUGAAUUAGAAGAAUUGUUAUGAAAUGCAGGGACAUUACAUAAAUUAUCACAGUGAUGAAGAAAAAGUCAUGUGUGAUAAAAUCACAAUGAAUUUUUUGCUCUCAGAGAGAGAAACAACUCAAUGUGAUAAUAUUGCUAUAAAAGAUUUUUUUUGAAAAAAAAAUUGUAGAUUAACUUUUACUGACGAAUAUGAUAGAAUAUCAUUUUUGUUUCUACCACUUAUUCUCUCUCUCAGUUCCUUAAGUUUUUUUUUGCCUUUACAUUUUAGAAUUUAGACCUUGAGAAAGGAUGGUAUUGAAAAUACCUAUACUUUCUCAAAUAAAUCUUUUAGACUGUUUUAUUUUAGUGUACUCUUCGUGCUAUUGAUCUUCUAGAAGCUUUAAAACUAUUUAUUUAUUUAAUAAUUGAGAAAUAAAAUUUGUUAGACUCUCCAAUACACUGUGCAAUAAAAUGUUUAAGAAUAAAACAUCUUUUUUUCGCAGAGAAUUAAUUUUUAAAGUAGGUUUUAGAACAUUGGGUUCCUUAACAGAUCGCCAAAUAAAAAUGUAGUCUGAAGCAAAUAAAUAAAGUCAAAAAGUUUUCCAGUAUUUAACGAUAUUUGAAGGCGUUUGAAUUUGACGUAAAACUUAACGAAAGAAAUUUGACACAUGCCAGUUUUCUUUCAAAUACUCGAAAUACCUUUAAAACUAAAAUUGCUCAAUAAUAAAUUUGUCAAUAAAGUUCAUCGUUUCUGAGAUAAAAGAAUUCUAUUAAUCAGAAAACGUCAAAAAAUCUUCAUUUUUUUAUCAGUGAAUGAAAGUGUUGUGACCCAUUCGAAUGCCUUAAUUUUUUAUAUCUCUGUAAUUUUAUCACCUAUAUCUGUUUAAUUAUUUUCUAAACCAACGAAUUUGCCGGUCUUUUAACUUCCUUAAUUUUCAGAAAAUCAGGUGUUUUCGCCCUAAAUAAACUAAAUGUUAGACAUUGAAAAUUGAAAUAUUCAGCAUUAAAAAAAUUUUAAUCAAUCAAACCACACUGGAAAUUUUAAUUUGGGAAAGAAGCCGAAAAGUCACGCCCUUGGAAAAAUAACCACUCCCCCAAUAAACUCUCUAAACUGAAACUUCUGAUUAAGGGGUAACAUCUAUCAGAACUCCCAAAAUCAACAGUUUUUUUUGUGAUUUUGCUAAUAAAUCGAGCAAUAUAUUGGAACAUUUUUCUUUUAUUUUCAAUUUUGAAUACAGAAUGGCGACAUAGAACUGUACGACCUGAGAAUAAUAUUUUGAGAGGCACUGCGUCCAGCAGUAGGGUAAGAUGGAGUAAUUUGGAUCAUGUCUAAUUUUAAACUGUGAAAUUUUCUAACAGUUUUAGAUGGCAAAAAGAAAAAAACAACGAGAAAGUACUCUCUCUAAAGUAAAGUUUAGUAUUUCUUCAUGGUUUUCUUUUUCCCUUCGACUAUUUGGAACAAUCAGAAAAUCUCAAAAUUCCAAAAUUGACGUAAUUUCAAAUUACCCCAUCUUACCCAGGAAUUCGAGUAAUUUUUAUCCGACUGACAUGAUAUUUUCAGAGUAGCUACAUAAAUGGGUUCUCUAUAGAAGCACAUAAAAUAAUUAAGAAAUAUCGAUUUUUAUGAAAUUAACAGCAACUUGAAGAAAAAAAACACUAUUUUCUGUUUUACAAAUUGACUUUAUUUGUUUAUAUCAAAAAUGUAAUUCUUUAUUAAUCUUAAAAAUCCUACGUGUAUAUAGAGAAUUUAUCUUAGCAACUACUCUGAAAAUUUUAAGUCAGUCGGAUAAAAAUUACUCGAGUUCUACUGCUAGCCGCAAAGUGUCUCAAAAAAUCUAUCCUUAGUCAGUGCAUUAUUGUGCCUCUAUUUAUUAUUCAAAAUCGAAAUAAAAAUAAAAAAUACAUUUAUAUUCUCCAAUGCAUAUGUAAUAUCAUCUGAACAUUCCUUAUUGAUCGAUACAGCUGAAAACUCAGAAAAAAUCAAUUGAUUUUGGGCGUUCUGAUAGAUGUUACCCCUUAAAAUUCUAAUCAGAGAGAUUUAUUACGAUUUAUCAUGUACAUUAUGAUGAAUAUAAUGUCAUUUAAAACUAACUACUUAAAAUUCAAGCAUUUUUUUUUCAAAAUCUAAGUAUUAUUGAGGUGUGGCCUAACUUUCAUUUCCCAUAAAAUCGGUGCAGUGGAUUUGCUUGGAAGGUGUCACGUCACAAUUUCGCCUAAAAAAUAUUGCUCUCGAAUUAUUAUGAAUGAAAAGAAAUCAAAUAUGUAAGAUUUACAAUAAAGUUUUGCCAAAAACGCCAAAAAUUUAUCUCAGAAUUGAUGGAAAUAAUUAAGAAUUUAAUGGAGGAAAUUUUCAAAAUGAUCAUGAGGUUACUUCGAAGUAAUAUUUGGUUGGAAAUGACAUAACCUAAAAAUACUCCUAAUAUAAUAUAUGGCAUUUUUGGAUACAUGAUAUUUCAAAAUAAAGGUUUUUCCCUGUAAGGUAAAGUGCCCAUACUUCGUACGAUCCCAAACUUCGUAGUGAUAAAAUUUUCCUAUGUUUCUGAAUAAAUGUGACUCCGCAAUAUAUUUUACAAAUGGGGAACUUUCCCAUAGUUUUUAAAAUAUGGGUGCGAUGAAUAAUUAUUUAUUGAAAUGUAAGAAAAAAUUUAGUCAUUGCGAAGCUUGGGAUCGUACGAAGCAUGGGCACUUUUUAUAGCCAUGGCGUUCUUUUAUAGCAUAGAUCUUGAGAUCAUUCAAAGCUUUAAAGGGAAGUGAGUUAACUGUGAAUAGGGUCAUCUUUGAAAUAGGGCUCUUUUCACUUAUUUUUAAUUAGAACUGAACUUUACCGUGAUACGAUCUAGCUCUACAAAUCAAUUUUGAAGCUAAAUUACUUUUAAUAAAACGGUCUUCAAACUAGAAGUUUAGCCCAGUUCUCGAAGGUAUCAAAAUCUUAAAUAGCAACCCAUUUUAUUGGAUUUGCAGAAUCCAAUUCGAUCAUUUACCAAAAAAUGUUGACUGACAGGAAAUUAGAGAAGUUAAGCCAUAUGGCUAAGCCUUAGGUCUGAAGUUCGCAAAAGACUAAGUUGAAAUUUAAAAAUAGAAAACAACCCUAUUUCAAAGUGCCUCGACUCUAUUGUACCCCACUUGUUCCUACUUAAUCAGAGAAAAAAGGGACUUAAAAUAUUUUAUAGAAUUAAAUAUUUUAAGUACAUUCGGAUAAUGCUUAUUUUUUUAAUUAACCUAAAAGUGAAUGAAUUUGACUGGCAAGAGGUUCAAAAUAUCUUUUUUAUUGGAAUUUUACUGGCCAAUUUAGUAAUUGAAAAAAACAAAUCAACUUGGUGCUUUACAUUUUUUUAAAGAUAAAAUAAAUUAUAUUUUAUCUCAAAAGUAAUUCAAAAUUUUUUUGAGUUUUCGAAUUUAACCUAAAAGUAUUUUUUUAAUUAUUUAAUAAUAUUUAUUCAUACCGCACUCGGACGUUUUUAAUUGGUUUUAAACCUCAUCCAUAAGCUAGAGAAUUUUGAUUGUAUUUUACCAGCAAGAAUAAUUUUUUCAAAAUUUAUUCUUGUUGAAUUAAACUGACUUUCUUUUAAUUUCUUCUAAAUUAUGUAAAACGAUCAUACUUAUUUUGACAAGGAAGAUUGAAAUUUUAUUUGUACUUAUUAAUUUCUUAUUUUUUUAUUAGAGGUCUAUCUGGAAGAUGAUUGCCCCGUAUAUAAAUUGCUUUAUGAAUGGGAUCAUUAAAUGUAGACAAUUUUCUUAUUUUUUUUUUAUAUCAAGGUGCAAAGUACUUAGCUAAAUUAUAUAGUUUCCGUAGUUUAUAUUUUUAAUAACCUAGAAUCCUAAAUAACUUCUAUGCCAAAUAUAAGGGUUAUAUGGGUUUCAAGAUGAAAGGUUAGCCUAGUUCCUAAAUGUCUCGAAACUUUUAAUAAGAAAAAAUAUUGUUUUUGUCUUCAAAUAUUGUAUCUGACGUAGUUGUGUAUUGUCUUCGGUUCUCCCGGUGUUCGUAAGAGGUUUAUUUUCUUCUCAAGACCAAAAAGACUUAAUUUUCUUCCUGGAAAAUUACGAAAAUUAAGUCUCUAUGGAAAUAAUUAGGUCUUUCCUUAUUUUUUUCUUAAUAAGCCGUUCCUAGGUUAAAAUUUUCCCAAAACUCUUGCUUCAUAAUAAAUGAGAAACUUAAGCCAUGUGGCUAAACCUUACUUUUGAAGCCUUUAUUAGGACCUCGACAGACCUGAGGAUUAGCCGAGAGACGGUUUAGCGUAAUUUUAUAAGAAAUAAUCGUCAAACUACAUUUCUUUCAUUUUCCACUAAGUCGUCUCUCGGCUUAAGUCGUAAGUGUGUCUAGGCCUUUAGACCCUGUGUCAAGUUUAUGAGUUUUUAAAUAUAUAUAAUAUAAUAAGCUUCCAAGUAGGACAUUGGCCAUAAAAUAAGGACUUUUAGCUACUCAAUUUACCUUGUAGUUGUAGGUUAUAUAAUUUUCUGACAAAAUAUUACCAUUCAACAUAACCUCUUAUGUAUUUAAGAAAGUUCUUCUCUAAAGCUUUAAGUAUUACACACAUGUAAUUAAAUAUUUAAUCGUAUCCAAUAUUUUAGUAUAGUUGUAUUUCCUGAUUGGCUGUAGCUUAAAAGUAUUUAAAGCUUCAUAAAAUCAGAGAAAACGACCUGGAUUAAAUAUUAAGAGUCGAAGGAACGUCUGGUCGGCAGGCAACAUUAAUAAAAUUUAAUCUACUUUUUCCUAUAAUGUGCUCAAAUUUUGUAUCCCACAUGGUACAAAAUAGGGUAUCAAAUCAAUAGAACAUGUUACGAGUCUUUAAAAUGACAAAAGGUGUUUUUUUGAUUCUUAUUUUCUGUAAACAACUUCUUAGAAAGUCCAAUUGGACCAUUUGACUAAUCGAAUAAUAGAUUUGCAAGACGAUCAAUUUGCCAAUCUUAAUCCAGUUUUAUUCAAUCUUAAGGAACCCUCGACUUAAUUUUAUAUUGUUACUUCCUCGACUAUAAAGAAAACUUUGACUAUGACUUCUAUUUAAGCUUUUACUUGAAUAAUAUUCCUGUUAGUAAAUUAGGAUUAGUAAAUGAAAGAUUAAAAAAAAUCUAAAAAUCCAGUGACAUUUUUGUAACACUCAAACUUUAUACAAAAAAAACACAUUAAAAGAAAAUUUGUAAAAUUGUAUACAACAAUUCCAACAAUAACCCAUGAAGUUAGAAAAGAAAUAAAUAAAAAGAAACAUUCUGUACAAAG